CAGUUCCGGACCCCCGUGUUCACCUUCAUCCAAUUGGUGGAGCUGCUCCAGAGAUCAAGAAUCCAAAAUGCAACACUCAAAUGUGCGAUCGUCGUUGUUGGUGGCGUUGGUGCUUUUACUCGUGGGAGCGGCUUUACCCGUUGAUUCGCAAGAUAUUUUUAAAGACUGUGCCGGGGUGGAAAGUGAGUUCUACUGUUUCGGAUCGAAGAUUGUGCAAAACGGGCUCAAGCGAUUAUCUGGCGAGAAAUCACUAAAACUUUUUACGGGAGUGGAAGUGGUUGCUGCGUCCCCUCGGAAAGGCGAUGCUGAGGCAUACAGGUCAAUUAACGAGGUAGACUUCGACGAUACGAGCGUACUGGGCCGGAUUACUCGAUAUCUGACUAGCCAUGAGGUCAAGAUUAAUGUUGGUGAAAUAUUGCGGAAAAGUGAUAUCCCGAAUGUAAUUCAGACGAUGGUGAAAAAUGUCCAAGAAGAGAUGCGGGGCGAAAUGGAAGAAGCCCGCAAAAAGGACAAAGAUGGCCUUGGAAUGUUCCUGAUGAUGAAAGUGAUGAUUGCCAAAAUGAUGGGAACGCUCGGAUUCGGUGCCAUCACAGCACUAGCGUUCAAAGCACUCGGCGUCUCUACGAUGGCCCUGAUCCUGGCCGGCAUCAUUGGACUGAAGAAGCUCGCCGAAGGUGAUGGCGACCACAAGGGACGCCAGGUGAUCGACGCCAGCUACAAGGAGUACUACGACAGAGCAUCGGUAGAGAGGCGUCGCCGAUCGUCGAAUGCGCCUUACCGAGGGUGGGCCGAGGAGACGAAGGCACCCAUGAGUUAGAGAACGAAAGACUGUCUGGUUGAUUACCGGCUUGAUGUUUAUUUAAUAAAUUAUUUUUAUUUACCUUUCA